UGUCGGCGGUGACGUCACGGCCCUACAUUGAGCUCGGGCUGAGUUGUAGUGAGGAGGUAGAUAGAGGUGCGUCGUAGUAAAGUACACAACUGCAAUGAACUUCUCAUUGUAACCUAGCUGUUUUGUGGAUGAUUGGCAAGGUGGAAACUACAAUAUCAUUUGCUAUAUUUUUUUCUACAAAGCAAGAAUACACCAAAGGACAUUUGGAGAAUUUGGUAUUUAUAUUUUUUUGCGAACUAUGUCGUCCGCAGCGGUCGCUGCCUCGAGAAGGCAGUCGUGUUAUUUGUGCGAUUUACCCCGCAUGCCAUGGGCGAUGAUCUGGGAUUUUACCGAACCAGUUUGCAGGGGAUGUGUCAACUAUGAGGGAGCCGACCGGAUUGAGUUUGUAAUUGAGACUGCCCGACAGCUUAAAAGAGCUCAUGGCUUCCAGGAGGGCAGAUCCCCGGGACCAGGGAAACCUCAACACUCAGGGAAGGACAUACAGCCCAUCAACCAUUCGGCUGGAGACCCUGGUUCGCGACCACCACAGCCUCUGGAUCGCUAUCCUCUGUCAGACCGACCGCCGAGACUGGGACCGGAGUAUCAAGCGAGGCAAUCGAAUGGCAUGCCUGUGCCAAACGGAUUUCCAAAACCAGACGAUCCGCCUGAGCUGAACCGUCAAAGCCCCAAUCCUCGCAGGACUAGCACGGUUCCUCCUAAUUUGGUGCCUUUGGUUAACGGGAGCAUGCCCCAAGUACACGCACCCAAUGGCCGUCCUCAUAUGGGCAUGCCUGGCGCGCUGGUGGCGCCUGGCCCCGGGGACCAUGGAAAGCGCUCAGAGGAUAUGAAAGACAAGCACAGACCGGAUAGCAUGUCAGACAUGUCUGAUAGUCACAAGCGGGCUGAAGAAUGGAUGGGCAGGGGCAAAACGGUUAGGGAUUUGAUGGCGCUCCACACAUUCGACAACCGGUUCAAGAAAGACCACGCGGCAAUGCAACGGGUUAUGGGAUAUGAAACGAGCGCAACUUCCUCAAAACCAGACAGGGGGAAGCACCCGCGGAGCAUGAAGAGGAAAGCUUCUCCGGAACCAGACGGCGAGGUUUGUACCCCUAAGAUGAACGGGGGCGAGGGCCAGCCCUGGCUCCCCUCACCCUCCGAGGUCCUGAAAAUGCCCCCAGCUUCCCUCCCCGGCUUCUCCGCCGCUCCCCCCUCCACCAUCUCCCCCCACUCCCGCACCACCCCUCCCGAGGCAGCCACAGCCCAGAAUGGCCAGUCACCGAUGGCGGCGCUCAUUCUGGCCGCCGACAAUGCUGGCAACACAGGCUCGCCCAAGGACGUCAACCAGGUGCAUUCCACCACCGCCGCCGGCCGGCGCAACAGCGGCAGCCCUCUUUCCCCCUCUGCCAACCAGAGGAGGAUGACCCAAAGGGAGGUGCUGGGAGUAGGGGGGACCACUACGGCCACCCCACACGUUCCAGGGGGCAUGGACCCCCACGGGGUGCCCCCACAGAGCAUUCCGGACUCGUCGGUGCCCCCAGGCAGCGUGCCGCUGUGCUGCACCCUGUGCCAUGAGCGUCUUGAGGACACUCACUUCGUUCAGUGCCCGUCCGUGCCCUCUCACAAAUUCUGUUUCCCUUGCUCCAGGGAAAGCAUCAAGCAGCAGGGGGCUACUGGCGAGGUGUACUGCCCCAGUGGGGAGAAGUGCCCGCUGGUGGGCUCCAAUGUACCAUGGGCAUUUAUGCAGGGAGAAAUAGCCACCAUCUUAGCGGGGGACGUGAAAGUAAAAAAGGAAAGGGACCCUUGAUUUCACCAGCUUUUCUAAAACUAUGACAACAAUAACAACAAACCAAUAUACAACAAGUACAACUGAAUACGAAUCACAUGCAUACCCAUGCAAAAGAAACUGACGGACAUGUACAUAUUGGACACAAGGGAAGUGUAUACUUCGUAAACAUGGCUGUAUAAUAUUUUUUUUUCUUUCUUCUUCAAUGAAUUGUGUUUCUAUAUUUUUUGAAGAUAAAGGUAUGUACUCAUCAUAACAGACCAGACUACUCCCCCUCCCCUUUCUCUCUAUGUACUAUUGGUGUACUUUUAGGUCCGGUGGCAGUCCCUGUUAAACAUAGAAUGUGACUAAUACUACUCUACGAGCACUUGGCAACAUUUUAAUGCUUCUAGCUGUACUUGUAUGCACUUGUUUAAAAAAACUUGCCAAAUACAAUUUCUGACCUUGUAAUAAUA